AUGGCAUUGGUGUUGCUCUGCCACAAAGCCGCAAGUCAAGACCCAGUCGAGAAACUAGGCACGUGCGAGGAUGACACAUCUCCGCGUGCGAGCACGUGCGCCUUGUGUAACACCUUUGGCGUGACGAAGCAGGAGGACUGCUGCACUGACGGUAAAAUAUUGCAAGAGUGCGCCGACGCUUUGAAGGCCGUUGUAUAUCAUGUUGGUGCACAGAAACCCCAAAAUGGAGGCAGCUCCGAGGAAACCAUUCAGAAAAAUAUGGUAACCAAGGCAAUAUAUAAAGCUUUACGAGGUCACGAAGACAAUAAUGAGGACUCAGAAGAGGGUGUUUGGGGAGACUUUGCCUCCGAUGUUCAGAAAAAUGAUGGCGACGAGGACGACACAGACGAACAAAGCAAUGAUAUGGCUACAGAUAAACGUUACGGAAGUGUGUUUCGCUUCCCAUACGGAAAACGUUACGGAAGCAUCUUCAGGAUGCCCUCUGGUAAAAGGUAUGGAAGCGUCUUCAGCAUGCCUUAUGGUAAACGUUAUGGGAGUGUGUUCCAACUGCCAGCCGGAAAGCGAUACGGAAGCGUGUUCCGACUUCCUGGCGGGAAAAGAUACGGCAGCGUGUUUAGGUUACCAAGUGGGAAAAGAUACGGAAGCGUAUUUCGAUUACCUGGUGGGAAAAGAUACGGCAGUGUGUUCAACUUACCAGCCGGAAAGAGAUAUGGAAGCGUAUUCCGUUUACCCUACGGAAAGCGGUACGGUAGCGUAUUCCGAAUGCCCAUCGGCAAGCGGUACACUAGUGAGUUACAAGACCCUUACAGUAAACGUUACGGGGCAAUCCUGAGGUUCCCGUGGGCGAAACGGGAUGAAAACUGGGGGCAAGAUGAAGAAUCGGACCCGGAAAACGAUGCUGGUCCGUAUUAUUACGAUUUCGACGAAAGCACAGACGAGGACAAUGAUCCUGAUACGAACGAACUUGACAAAAGAUACGGAGCAAUUCUUAGGUAUCCAUGGGGCGACCACUGGAAGCGGACCGUGUCUAUGUCCUCAUUUCCAUGGCGACCACAUGAAAGCGCAGUAAGACGCAAUGAUGACAUUGAUGAUGUUGACGCGGAUUAUCCCCAUAAUUCACAAAGGCAAAAUGGCGAAAGGGAAGAAAUCGUUGCAAAGAGAUACGGAUUGCUUCUUGGAUGGCCGUGGGCAAGUACAGGCAAGAUAAGAACAUCUUACUAUGGGAGAUACUAA